GCAUCACAUACAAAACAAAUUAAGUACCUCACUCACCAUUCAUCAAAAUUAAGAUUAAGAAAACUGAAAACCCCAUAAUGAAUACCCAAUUUGCUCUUUGCUUUAUUUUGGCUUCCUUCUUUUGUGGAGCUUAUGGAGCUAAGAUCACUUUCACGAACAAAUGUCCAUACACGGUAUGGCCAGGGACCCUAACAAGUGCUCAAAAGCCUCAAUUACCAAAAACAGGUUUUGAGCUAGCAUCGGGUCAGUCCGACUCUGUGGAUGUCCCAUCUCCAUGGGAGGGACGGUUUUGGGGCCGAACCAGAUGCUCUAGCAAUUCAGGCAAAUUUAGUUGUGCCACUGCCGAUUGUGGCUCUGGCCAAGUCGCGUGCAAUGGUGCCGGUGCAGUUCCCCCAGCAACAUUAGCAGAACUACACGUGGAAGCUAACGGGGGACAAGACUACUAUGAUAUAAGCAAUGUUGACGGUUUCAACGUGCCUAUGUCCAUUGCUCCACAAGGUGGAACUGGUGAUUGCAAACCCUCGAGUUGUCCAGCAAAUAUCAACGAUGUGUGCCCGGCUGAGUUGCAAAUGAAAGGACCUGAUGGGAAAGUAGUUGCUUGCAAGAGUGCUUGUGUGGCUUUCAAUCAGCCAAAGUAUUGUUGUACCGAAGAAUUCAACUCGCCAGAUAUAUGCAAGCCUACUCAAUACUCUGAGAUUUUUGAAAAGCAAUGUCCUCAAGCUUAUAGUUAUGCUUAUGAUGAUAAAAGUAGUACUUUUACUUGCUUCAAAGGACCCAAUUACACCAUCACAUUCUGCCCUUGAACUUGAUAUUCCAUAUUUCCUUACUAUUUGACUACAAGUAAAUGUGUGGUUUGAAAUAAUAUAUAAUACCCUAGUGUGUAUGUAUGCAUAAGGAAUAAACAAUCACAUUUUGGUGAUUGCAUGUAUAAUGUAUUGAUACAUAUGAUACAUGUUUCAAUAAAAAUGGUCACGAAUAUAUCUUUAUAUAAAUUAUUGAGAGUAUGAUUAAUAUUUGUUUUGUUGGAAUAUAUGUUCAUAAAACUCCCUGCCAAGAUA